AUGGGAUCUUUCAAGGGUCAUGCUUUGCCAGGGACAUUGUUUCUUCUAGUUGGGUUGUGGCACAUAUGGGGCUCUGUGGUGAGAUAUGUUCGUAAUCCUAUGACAUUUCAAGUCAGGGUUUGGAAUCCUGUGCCAGGGUUUGAUGGGAGGCUCAAGCACCUGGAGCUAUAUGUUAUUGCAAUUGGUGCUUUCAUUGACAUGUGCAUCGAGCUCUUGUAUUCAACCCACCUCAAGUUUUUUGUUGAUGGAGUCCUUAAUCCUUCUCACAUGAAUGACUUUGAGCACUCAGGAAUGCUUCUCAUGUUUUUCAUCUUUGGUGUUGUUGCCUUACUUUCCCAAAAGACCAGAUUUGUUCCCUUGCCAGAAGGUGCUCUUUGUUUGAUUGCUGCUGCAGCAUUCUCUGCAGAAUAUCUUCUAUUCUACUUCCACUCAACGACACACAAGGGCCUUGAGGGCUAUUACCACACCCUCCUUGUCUUCCUGGUAGGACUCUGCAUUUUGUCUUCAGUUGCUGGAGCCCUUUUGCCAACAAGCUUUCCAGUGGAUUUAUGCAAUGGCAUUGCUAUAGCCCUGCAAGGUUUAUGGUUCUAUCAGACUGCAUUUGUUCUGUAUGGCCCUAUGAUGCCAAGUGGUUGUAAGCUUAGGGAAAAUAGUGUCACAUGUCAUUCUGCUGAUAGUGAGGUUCGGGGUGAAUUGCUUGCUAACUUUCAGCUCUUUGUUGCUGUUCUUGUGGUCCUUGUGGGAACUGUGGUAUCAUAUAAUUUUGCCACUUCAAGAUAUGGGAAUAAUGAAGUUAAGAGUUUGCAUGAGGUUGACUUAGCUGAGGAAUGA